UACGCCGGAAUAGUCAGGCAUGCAGUCUAACAAAAUUACAGUUGGGCUCGUAUGAAAAAUAUUCCUGGGGUUAUUUAGAUGUGGCGAGAGUUAUUCAUAUCCCGGAAAUAACCUCGAAAAAAUAAUUACUUGGUAACGUUAGCUAAGUUAGUUAACCAACUUGCUAGCAUUAGAGGACAGCCUUGGGUGCUAGCUGGAUAGCUAACAAGCUGGCUGGGUAGUAUUUUGCAAGCGACAAACACUCGUUAACUAAGGUUAGUACGAGUAAGAGCAAAGUUGAAUCUUGGGGGCGCGUGUAUAAAACUAUCUAUAUACUACAAGCUGUCAUGGAAAACAAUGAAGGUGGUUCUCCUCCCGAGGGAUGCAGCGACAUCUCCAAGUUAGUCUCGGAGGACGGGAAAAACACAAAGUCUGUACUGUGCCAGCGAUGUGGCUCCAAGGUGCUGUGCCCUGGAAUGGCCGUAUUUGCUGAGAAGGAGCUGUUCCUACCCUCAAUGAGGAAGAAGACUGGCAUCACCCAGGUGGAGGGCACAGUGGAUGGGGAUAAGCUGACCGCACACUGGCUUGUGGAUGACAUGUACACCUUUGAAAACGUGGGUUUCACCAAGGAUGUGGGCAAGGUCAAAUACCUCAUCUGUGCAGACUGUGAGAUCGGCCCCAUUGGAUGGCACUGCCUGGAUGAUAAGAAGAGUUUCUACGUAGCUCUGGAAAGGGUGAAUCAUGCUUGAUAACCCAAGGACACUGGGCAGGAACGAUGAGAGUGGGGGUGGGGACUUUAAAUCCACCUGUGCUGUGUCCCUUUUGUGGGCUGCUAUAGGGAUAGUCAGGCAGGGUCCAUCACAUUCCUGUCAUUGGUGUACUGAUGUCAAGUGUUCUGUAUCUUUAAGUUGUGACAGGAUUUGAUUAUUUUAACUGUUAAAUGGUGUUGCUUUGAAAUGGUAAGCAGAUGUCACUGUCAACGGAAGAGUAGCCUUGGUUUUUUAUUCCUCUAAUUUGAAACUGUCAUAACAAAUUCAUAUGUGUAAUCUAUUCUUUGUCUUCUGUUCUUUGCGUUUCGUUCUGUGGCACAUCAAGCAAAAAAGAGCACCACUCUGAGGUUCAGUCGUAGCACUGCAUCUAAUUUUCUUUUUAAAAAUUGUCUCACAUCUGCUGUUUUGGAUUUUCUCCCCACCCCCUGUACAUUUGCAGGCAGCAAAUUGGAGCCACUCAGUGGAGGAUAUACAGUUACAUGGUUAUGCUCCCAGUCACUUGUGUGAGGGGAAAGCAUAGCUUGGUUUUGGUCUGCGUGUUGCUCUAUUUUAGCUGAUACAACAUAAGCUGUUGAGCCUUAUGGCCUGUAGCGGCAGUUGUUAUGAUGCAGUGCAGCAUGCAUUCCUCUCACUAGAUAUGGCCCAAACUAUGACGUACAGUACUGUAAGCACUCCCUUCCCUGCUUGAUUGAGCACCAUGAGCUCCCGCCCCGUCAACCAAGAUGCAACCUUGUGCUAACCCUUGGCUGAAC